ACACACACACACACACUCAAGGGGUAAGGUUCACCCCCUCAAAGAAAUAGGUCAUCUCCCAUUGCACUCCUCUGCUGUUCCCUCCUUUCUCACAACCCAACACUCUUCCUCCUCUUCACUUUCUAUCUCCCUCUCUUCUCACACCUCCCCGCACGCGCACUAAUUUUUUCCUCCUCUCUCGUCCAGUUGCUUUUUCCAGCCGCCUGCUCCGAUUCAACGUCUGAGCUUUACUGGUCAUUCCUACUGAUCCAUCUACGCCAACGAUCCUCUCCUCUCCGUUCCUUUCCUUUGGAUACCUCCAGCCAUGAGCCCAGGAGCUGCGCAGACGGAGAAAAAGAUGAAGCAGUCCUUGAGUGGGAGUGCGGGACAUGGCAGCACAGACCGUGGACUUGCAGACCCCCGACUUGGGGAAGCUCAGGAGCCUCCGCCGCUGAAGAACUACAUCUUCCUGACCAUCUUCACCUGCUUCUGUCCUGCCUGGCCCAUCAACAUUGUGGCCCUGGUGUUCUCUAUGAUGGCCCAGAGUAGUUAUGAUGAGGAAGACUAUGAUGGUGCCCAGCGACUGGGGAGGAAGGCUUUUCACAUGGGCAUAGCCUCAAUGGUUAUUGGCAUCGUCAUCAUCAUCAUAUCCACCAUUGUCCACUUCACAACGAACGCAGUAUGAAACCUUCCAAAAAGUAGGAAGCACUAAACAUAUGAAGAUAUAUCCUGGAGCAGUAACUAUUCUCAACAGAAGGAUCGAUGCCCAAGGACACAUCACAGAGACUGGACCCACACACUGAGGCAGGCAUGGUCUCCUUCUCUCUUUCUCUCUCUUCUUUUCCCAUCUCCCUCUUUCUGCCUGCUACAAAGAGACUGUGGGCAGCCUCUGUUUUAUUUUUAACAUUCAGCUCAGUACCAUUUCCAGCUCGUCCCUUCGUGACUCCAGCUGAGUGAGGGAAGCACUGAUUGAUCUCGGUAAACUUACGCCCAAGCUGAGGAUAUCAGGUCAACAAAGAGGCUGUACAUACGAGGACGAUGUUCUCUUCACUGAUGGUCUUAUCUGUACCACUACCCUUUUUCUAUGCCCAAUGAUCUCCCAUGAAUAGUAUCAAUAUCUCAAACAGGAUUUUCUCAUGUGAAUGUGACAUAAUUGAGUUUGUAACACUACAUAAAAAGUAAGUCUUUUUUUUUUCUUUCCCUGAAAGGAAAUCUAAUAAAAGUUAUUAUAAGAAAUAUAAUCAAGAACAUGAAAAAGUAUGAGGAGUCAGACAAUUGUACCAAUUUCAGGUAGGGAGCAUCUUGUGCAGGACAUUUACACACAAAAACAUGAUUUAGUUUGCCAGCACCAAGUCUUAAGUGUUCGGAAUGUGCAUGAAAGCCGAUGACAAUCUCUUAAACAUUCACUUUUUUUUAAAUCAACUUUUUUAUAUGUCAAGUAGAUACGACCUCAUUUGGUUGCAUUGUGGAUGCAAAACUUAAAUGAUGGGACAGUAUUUGAAAAAUGAGAUGAGGUUUUGAGAAAGAAGUGUAACUUUCAGUGAAACUGAUGUGAUGAAUAUCCACUGUAGUCUUACAAGUGUGUCAAUCAAGAGUGAUUUACAAUAUAAGAGAAUGACAUGCUGGUAUGCUUUAAUUUGACUGCAUACUAAACAUUCUGUCCUUUGUAAUAUUACCAUGUAUUAUGAUGGUAAUACAUUUCUAUUGGCUUUUGUACAUUUUGAUGGUUUGCCUUUCUAUAUACCUUGUACAUAGCGAUGCAUUUUAAUAAAUAUAUAAUUAUGCA